UCCCGUAUGUUUUGAACUGAUGCCAUACCUUAUGUUAUUUAUUUUAUAAAUGUUUUUUUUCUUUAAAUACCAUUUUUUAAAAACUGGGUUAACCUCGGAAGUACCUCGGCAAUAUGCGUUGCGCGUGUCCGCUAGUUAUUACGGUAUUCAUGUCAUCACUUCCGUAAAGCGACAACUUGUGUUUAUUCUUUGUAGCAAUUAGCUGCAGCUGCUAGCCCAAAGCGCUGCGCGACACAUUACAACCAAAGUAUCCGCAGUUCGGUCGUAGUCAGCGGCUUCAGCAAUGACAUGUUUCGGUUAACUAGGGCGAGCAAGUUCCGGCCACUUCUCUCGUUUUAAAGUUCAGGCUUUCCUGACACUUUGCUGGGUUGGCUGUUUUUUUUUUUUUUUUUAAACAAUGUUGAGCAGCGUUGCUCUGCGGGCUCAGAUUGCCUCCGUUAUCGAUGCCUUGUCCAAAGCAGCCGUGGCGGAGAUCUCCAAAGUUGUGGAGGAUGGCAUGGUGGUGUUGCGGCUGGAAAUGUGUCAGCGUGAAAAUGAGAUCAAGAAGCUGAAGAGCAACAUCGAGGUUGUGCACAACGAGCUGAGGUCACUGCAGGAGAGCGUGACCCUGCAACCUGACAACCAUGGGAGAGAUGACAUUCAGAGUGACGUCGGUGAUGAGAGCACUUCGCCUGAAAAGGGGAACGCCGAUAAGAACAGCCCGUCCAUACUUGAGGUGCAGGUGAAACGUGAACCUGUGGAAGAAGGACGUGAAGAAGUCGCAGGUCGACCCGACCCGCUCGGAGAAGAACCGGACAGUGUGCGGUGGAGGCCGACAACGACGGGACGCAACAACUCCAAUUAUUUAAAUGUGGGGCAGGAUUCCUCGCUGUGUCUCCCUGGAUCUUCGCCGGCGCCCUGCAGCAGCUCCGGUGGCUUUCAGCAGAGCCCGUUCAGCCGCGGGCCGCAGGGUUACGGUCUUUAUCGUAGCUCGUACAACACGGUGCGCAGGAGGACGGUGAAGAGGCUGAUGUUUAAGAAAGGCUUCAUCUGUCCGUACUGCGGGAAAUAUUUUGAGCGUUCCGGGCACCUCGAGAGGCAUAAAAGGAUUCAUACGGGUGAGAAACCGUAUCGCUGCGAGAUAUGCGGGAGACGAUUCAAUCAGAAAUGCAGCCUGAAGGAGCACGCCAAGAUCCACAGGAGAUGUAUUCAACCCACACCGUUUGAGAUGGAAGUGAAGGAACCGAAGCAGAUUCCCGAGGUGAAGCCGUGUGCUGAUGCUCCUCGCAUCGAGGGAGACAGUCAGGUGAAGACUGAGGACGUCCUGCCCGAGAGUGAGGACGCCCUUGCGACACCCGUACACGUCAAAUCGGAGCCUGCGGAGGAGAACAUAGCACAAACGCCAUUUCAGGGAGGAAACGAGCAGACGGGAGAAGGAGGAGACGACCUCAGUGAGAACUUCACAACGUUUGAGAGAGACGGCCAGCGGUGGAUGUCCAGGUUACCAGGACAACACAAGGCAGAGGUCGCAGAGUAUCUCAGCAGCUCGGGGACGACGUCCUUCCCGGGGUUGUCCCAGUUGCUGCCGCCAGUCGAGGCUUCUUACAGCACAUUCUCCUUUCCAGGGAAGCCAUACGGGGAACUCAGAAACAACACGGUGUCCCAAACACCGUACGGGUCCUCAGACUCGCUGAUGACAUCCAGUGACGCGGGCUUUCAUGGAAUGACGGGAGCCGCGCUGGAUCCCCACGGACAGAGAGGAAGCAGGUCCUUUCAGGUGAUCAAACCAAAGAAGUGCUUCAUCUGCUCGUACUGUGGCAAAGUGUUCGAGCGCGUUGGCCACCUCGAAAGACAUUUACGCAUUCACACCGGGGAGAAGCCGUACGGCUGCCAUGUCUGCGGGAGGUGCUUCAAUCAGAAGAGCAGCCUCAAGGGCCACAUGAAGACUCACAGAAAUGGUGAGAACACAGACCUGCUGGACGCACAUCACCUGAUGUUUACGAUGCCUGAUAAUCAGCUGUUUAAAAACCCGGCAGAACCCAAGACGGGUCUGGCGGCUCUGCAGGAACAGUUGCAGGGUGCCGCCGCGUACAGCGAGGCUGCUGGUGAGCAAACGGUGAUGGUGAAGCUGGAGCCGAAUGGGGAAGAUUUUCAGACUCUGAGUCAGCCGGGCACUGAGGACGGCACAGUAGCACCACAACAGAGUCAGCUGUGGACGUCUGGGAUGGAGCAGAGCGGUCAUCCUGAACAAACUGUCUGUGCACAUUUACAUGACGUCAAUUAUCACCUCAGUCCUGCUGCAGGAGCCGCCGCCGAGCAGCAGGGAUACACGUCGCCAAUCCACCAUCUGCCUUUUCUAGACGCCAAAGAAAAGGAAGAAAUGAUUUGCGACGAUCAGUACUCCAUGAUGGCCGAUAUGACUGUAGCACCUGAGCUGCACCAUCCACACACCGCACCAGAGGUGUCUGUGAGCGAGUACACAGCGGCGAGUGACAGGACUCACGAGGGAGGCGUGCUUGAAUUUCACUCGAGCGCCUUAGGUAACUGUGGCGAGGACGCCGCCCGGCAAAAUUGCUUCAUAUGCUCAACUUGCGGUCAAAGCUUCGACAGUUUCGGUUUAUUUCAGAGGCACCAGUGUAAAGAUAUCACGGAGCGAUCGUUCGGCUGCGACAUCUGUGGGAAGGUGUUCAGUCAGAUGAGCAUCCUGAAGUUACACCUUAAACUGCAUGUAGGAAUCAACAUGGCGACGUGCAUUCCCUUUCAAACCCAGUUAUCCUCUAUAAUGGAGGUUUUGGUUAAAGCAGCAGUGGCAGAGAUAUCCAAACUAGUCGAUGACAAAUGUGCGUUUUUGCAUCUUGAAAUAUCUCGAAAGCAAAGCGAGAAUGAGUUGCUGAAAAGGAAAUUACUAAUGAUGGAGAACAAAAGUGCACAGCUGCAGCGCGGGUUUGAAAACUACAUGGACCGAAGAACUGAUAUGGGGAACUGUCCACAUCCUCCAGGAGAUGUUAAGUUUCCUGAUAUUGACGGCGCCACUGUUUCGUUCACGAUUAAAGAAGAAACUCCGGAUGAGAUGCUGUGGAUCAGUGAUUCUGCUCGACCAAUUGGUGGGUCACUUGCAGGUUCUGCAGUGCAAUUCCGCAAUCCAGCUAAUGCUCCGGAGAGCCAGCAGCUGGAGGACGACCUUCAGUUAAACCGCUCGGAGCGUGCCACGAGAAAAACAUCAGAGUUCGGUGACUUGUACAACUCUGCUGAGCACGCAGGAGACGCCAGUGGCCUUCAGUUCACUGUCAAGACAGAGAAGGAGGAGGACCGGUCAGGGUUCAGUGAGGACGGGUGCCAGCACGGCGCAGGGAAGCAGACUCAACUUGCUGCUGACUUUUCCAUGGACGAACGAGAGAAUCAGCUCUGGUCGUCCAUAAUUGAAGGCGAUGACAUUGAUGCAGGUUUUCCAGACUUUUCCAGCGUGGUCGAGGAGUAUUCCAACACAUUUCCGGACCAUUCUGAUGCGGUUUCUACAAAGUCUGCUGGCGUGCAGCAGUUGUCCUCUCAGCGCCCGUGUAACGGGAUCUACAGCGGUGAGUUGCAGAAGGAUGUUCCCCCGUCGUCCAGUUUCCAACCCAGAUCUCAGGGUAGUCUGUCGCAGAGAAACCCCUCACACGGUGCACACGCAGAUGACCACGAGAGGAGUAGUUCAGCUGCAGACAGACCAGUCGUAAGUCACUCGCACAUCUCAAGCGGCAGCUUCCACCCCCACACGUCCCACAAAGCUCUCUCUGGCACUUCACGGGGCUACUCCUGCACACACUGCGGGAAGACGUUCAGCCGCCUGCACCAGUUCAAGCUUCACCAGCAAAGCCACAAGAGGAAGCGCUCAUUCUGGUGCACGGUGUGCGGGAAGAGCUUCCAGUGUUCGUCCCACCUCAGCAUACACCACAGGACACACACGGGCGAGAAGCCGUACGGCUGCGGACAGUGCGGGAAGAGGUUCACGCAGCAGAGCAGCCUGAGGGUCCACCAGCGCACACACAGCGGGGAGCGGCCCUACAGCUGCUCGCUGUGCGGGAAAACCUUCAUCCUGAUGCACCAUUUGAAACGGCACAGAAUCAUUCACACGUACAGCUGAGCUGGAGGCGUCUCCAGGGAUGCUGCUCAGGUGAAAAGACUAAAACAAAACCAAACUAAAAAGCCAGUCAGCUGUUACGGUUGGGAUUUGUAACCUUGUGGCAUCGCUCACAGGCUUUGUAUAUUAAUGCAUAUUCUACUAUGCAAAAUCCAUCUGGAUGGGUUUUAAGAUGUUUGCUUCUUUUUUAAAUGCUUAUAAUUAUUCAAACCUAAAACUGAAUUGCACCCUCAAACAGAAUUCACAUAAGUAAGUAUUUUUAAGACGCCUCCAAAGCUAGGAAUCCAAAAAAGAAACCCUGAAAUGUGGAGUCAUAAAAAAAUAAAAGCUGCAGAUUUACA